AUGACAGAGGCUCUCGAAGGACAGACACAUGAUUUUAAUCCGAUUGAGAUAUCUGCUCCUCAUAUCAUUUAUGUGGCACUUGGUUUCUUUAUUGUGAUUUUCGGCAUGUUCUCCAUGCUUGUCAAAGAACGCCUAUACCUGGGUGAAGCUCCAAUUGCACUGGUGUUUGGUAUCAUUAUUGGCCCUAGUGCAGCCAAGAUUUUUCAUCCGGAAGACUGGGGCGGUAAAGAUAGCGAAGCGCCGGGCACCGUUCUGACAAACGAAAUAACUUUGGAAGUGAUGCGAGUAUGUAUUGCUCUAUCCGUUUUUUCUGUGGGAGUAGAGCUGCCUAAGAAAUACCUCUGGCGCCACUGGAAGUCAAUAACGAUGCUUCUUGGCCCAGUCAUGUUAUGGGGCUGGCUCGUGUCAGGCUUGCUCAUUUGGGCAUUGGUACCUGGCCUGGACUACCUGGCAGCACUUGUAAUUGCAGCUUGUGUUUCGCCAACAGAUCCAAUCUUGGCACAAGCUGUUGUGGGUGGUCCGUGGGCCGAGAAACAUGUACCCACACACAUCCGGCAUAUGUUGCAAUGUGAGUCAGGCUGUAACGAUGGAGCAGCCUUUCCUUUUCUUUACCUUGCAUACUACCUUACAGUGAACCGUGGAAAAGUGGGUUUUCCCAUUGCGGAAUGGGUAUACCACACUUGGCUCUAUGAAAUUGUGGUCGGCACGUUGAUCGGCGCAUUGAUCGGAUUCCUUGCGAGGAAAUUGAUUCGAUUCAGUGAGAGGAACAAGCUAGUGGAUCGAGAGAGUUUCGUUGCUCAAUAUGUGAGCCUGUCCGUGGCUAGUAUGGGCCUCACUGUGCUCUUGGGUAGCGAUGACCUGCUUGCGGCGUUUGCAUGUGGUACAGCGUUUGCGUGGGAUGGAUGGUUCCAAAAGCAGACAGCGGACUCGAACUUUUCGAACAUUGUCGACUUGCUAUUCAAUGUGGCGACGUUUGUUUACAUUGGGGCCGAAAUGCCAUGGAGUUCCUUCGUGAAUGGUGAAUACAAUUUGAGUGUGGGACGUCUCAUUGGUCUUAGUAUUUUGGUGCUAUUGCUAAAGCGUCUCCCUGUUGUGAUCAUGCUAUGGAGGUGGAUUCCUGAUAUUAAGACGUUUCAAGAGGCUGUCUUCUCUGGCUAUUUCGGUCCUAUGGGUGUGGGUGCUAUCUUCAUGUGCACGUUUGGCCGGCUGAUGCUACCGGAGGAAGUCUCGGUGCCACCACAGACGCCGAAUGAAGUGUUGGCUUUGACAAUCCAGCCCGUGGUCUACUUUUUUGUCCUGGCCUCAGUCAUUGUCCAUGGCUUUACAAUUCCUUUCUUUGCCUUUGGACGCAAGGCGCAUAUCAACAUCAAUCGCACGCUGAGUAUGCACGCUACAGCACUACAGAAUAAUGAGCCGACGUGGCUGAACCGCAUGCGACACCUUGCGACGAGUGGGGACGAAACAGAGACGAAGGAACAAGAACCGGGCCAAAUAUCGGUCGUCGAAGCUAUGCGGAUGGGCUUGGAGAAGCAAAAGCAACAAGGCAUCGCGAUAGGGGAAGAAGAAAAAGCUGAGUCAUCCGAAGGUACAACAUCUAGCCAUCACCAUCGUCAUUCUCUUCAGCAUUUCCGAACGAUCCGGUCGAUUAGUGAUAUUGAAGAUGGCAACUAUGCAGCGGAGGACGAUUGGGAUGGAGAAGAUACAGUGGAAAUGCGCCGAUAUAAAGAGCGCCGACAGGAGAGGAAAACACCGGCGGCUGUGGCGGCUGCCGUUGAACAAGAUAUUACUGAGGCGCAGCGCACCGAGGAGCCUGAGAGUAUGGAACCAGACGAAGAAGAUGUAUAUCCAAAGAUUCGAGAAUGGGUGGAAGGCCACAAGAUUGUGGUGGAGAUUACGGAUAAGCCGCUUGAUGAAGCACGUACGAUUGUGAUCCCUAUUCACCCGGAUGAUUAUGACUAUUUCAAGGAUGCCAAGAGUCCAUUGUAUGAACUGCUUUCGAAAUACGAAGCAAAGCUCGAGCAUGCUAUUGGUUGGGACAAAGAUACGAAUCUCUCGGAACUUUCCAAACUGCAGCUGUACGAAAACAAGGUCGUAUCAAAAGUGUCUCACUUUGCGAAGAAACUGGCCAGCGAACGAUCUGCAGUCAAGGAGAACGAUACAGAGGAAGACGAGGCCGACGCGCCUGAAGUCGUUAUUGUGAGACCGGACGGCACUAUUAUUGACAACUAA